UGCAGAUUUCAUCCACGGGUUGUUGACUGCAUUGCCGGAACUUUAUCAAAACACGUCUUGGUUCGUAUUUUCGCGAACUUAUACUUUAUGCAAUUGGUUCUUCGAGUAGUUGUUAUUGAGAUAUUCCUAACUAUCUAAUUUGUGACAACAAGUUUCUUUCUUUAAGGCGAUUUACGCCAUCUCAACCUGUUCCUGCAAAAAUGUCUGGGAAUUUUGAAAUUCCUGGACUAUCCAUCUCGAGGGUACCAGAUGAAUCUCAACACCAAUCAGACGUUCCUAAUGAGGCUCAACCUGUGACCUCUCAACCUGCCACUGAGAUGGAUAUUGAUGCUCCUGCUCCUUCAGAGAGUACACCACUACCUCAGAUCAGCGAGGCACAGAUCGAGAAGUUGGAGGAGCCGGAGAGUUCUGAUGUUGCUAUCAAAGAUGCACCACCCAGCCCUCCCUCCUUGACUUCAGCACUGGAAGCUCUACUUGGCGGUCUAGACGCCCCACCACAGGAUCCGAAUGUGUCAUCUGCGCAACCCGAUGGCACAGAACAGAAUGGACAGCCUCAAGAGCAAGAUGAACAAGGUGAUCCCGAAUGGGAAGUAGAUUCUUCCCCCUGCGAAUCCUCGUCCGAAUCGAGCAGUUCAGAUGAUUCGGAUGAUGAGUCUGAAGAUGGGAAAAACUAUGAGCUACUGGGCCCCGAGGAGACCGCCCGCAUUCUUAUGGAAAUGGAAGGUGGCUCAGAUGAUGAAGGUGAGGGGAAGGUGAAAGGGAAUGGUUCUGGUGCACAGGUCCGCACGAAGAAUGAAUUGCCUGAAGAAGUAGUUCCUAAGCCCGAUGUCGUUAUAUCACCGGAGAUGACUAUCACUGAACUUGGCGUGAUUGAGCACAUCGUUGAGAAUACUGCUGUAGUCAAGGCGAUCACGACGGGAGAGUACCAGGUGCUCGACAGCGGCUCGGUUCUCUGCACGGAAGACCGCACUGUUAUCGCGGCCGUAGCCGAUUUAAUCGGCAACGUGAGACAGCCACGUUAUACUGCAAGGUUUACGAACGAAGAAGAAAUUGAGUCUUAUGGCCUAGAGGUAGGGACCAAAAUAUUCUAUCCGCCUUCGCACGCGGUAUAUGUCUUCACUCAACCACUUCGGGAGCAAAAGGGCACGGAUGCAAGCAAUUGGCAUGAUGAAGAGGCCGGUGAUGAAGAAAUUGAGUUCUCAGACGACGAAAAAGAGGCCGAACAUAAGAGGCAGCUAAAGGCUAAAAAGAAAGGGGGCCGCGGUGGUAAGGGCGGCGUAGGAGGGCGAGGAGGUCACACCGAUGCCUCGUCUCUCCCUCCAAUGAUUGGCCUGCAGUAUGAUGAUGAUGACGAGGACGGCCCUUAUCGAAAACUUGCAAGGCCGGCCAAUUUUGCACAGGGCCAAUCCACCCCUUCGGAAUCUGGAUACUCAAAUCAUCACGCCAACAAUAACGGCGCAUUCCGAGGUGGUCGAGGUAGAGGUCAACGAGGUCAUGGACAUGGCCGUGGCGGGAGAGGCAAUCGUGGAGAUUCGCGAGGUGGAUAUUCCUUACCACCUAGACCACCACGAGGACAAGACUAUCAGCCACAAACGCAGCAAUACAUCUAUCCUCCAGCUUCGCCUUCGGUUACUAGCCCAGCAUAUCCCCCGCAGUCGCUACCAUUCUAUGGCACACCGAACAUUCAUCAGCAGCCCAAUACGCAGUUUCAAUUUCCUUGGCCCCAGAACGUUCCACAAGGCUUCGUUCCACCUCCACCACCACAGUUUACCGGGCAGCAACCUGGCGCGUACUACAGCCCUGAGUUCUUUGCUGCUCUGCAAAGUCAGAUGCAGGGACAACCCAACCAGCAAAACGGCCAGUGGCCCGGACAUAGCGGUGCUGGAUAGAAUUCUAACGCUGUGAACGGCAAUAUGGGUUCGGCUCUCCCCCAUGCCUAUUUGUCUCACCAAUGGAAUAAUCAUACUAAUGGAUCCGCUGCCUCAGACAUACAGCUAGGGUGGCAUUCCAACCAUCAGCCUAGCCUGCAGAGCAAGGUAGAUAGAGUAAAGACGGAGGCGGGUGUACAAAAGUCCCGGGGCAAGACUCCCGGAAAAGCCUGGAAGGGCAGAAAAGGCAGAAGGGGCAAAAAAAUCAACGAGGUCCCUCUAUGUCUCACCGAGCCACUUCUUAUAUAAGAUAUAUCUUGUUACUGAGGUAUUACUGGUACGUUAAUGAUAGUUGCAGUGUUUAUACUGACAUCUGAAAUAACACGACAACAAUCAUGGAGGAUUGAGGGAGAUUAUCAUCAAAGUCGAGUCUUGAGUCAAUACGAAUAUCAAGACAAGUUGACUUAUACCAUUCCGAAUGCUGCUUACUUGUGUACUUAGGUAUAUCACAUACGAUUCUUUUAAUAUCCAUUGAAUACCUCACUAUAGCGAAAUUGUGAAUAUAUUCUAAUAUCGUCUUUACCUGAG